CUUUCUCUUUGCUGCAUUUUUAUAAAGGCCUAAACAAAUAUUCCAUUCCUUCCGCGCCGCUGAGAAAACACCAUAACCCGUUCCUCACAGUGCGCCAUAGAGUCCAGAGGGUCUCGACCAGAAGGCCUGAGAUGCCAGAGCUGUCGCAUCCUAAAUCCGCCACAUCCGGUCCCCGGUUACUAUAGUAACAGCUGUAGGCACAACUUGGUGCUCUCUGACCUCCUUCCAAAAGUCCUCUUCCCAUCCAGGUUUCCCUCCUCGCCCGCGCUUAUCCUUAGGAUCUGUAAACCUGCUCCUUCUUGCCAUUCUGACACAGAAUUUGGGUUCCAGCAGAGCAGCGCCCAGGAUACUUGAGAUCGCCACCGGGUCCUCAGAACGUCUGCCCCUGUAGCACAACAACCUGGUUUCACUCCUGGGAUGCGUCAACCUCAGGGUUGGUAAAGCAGCUUCUACGUGUCCACGCCCCCUUCUCUCCCAGUUGGUAGGACCCGCCCUCCGCUCCGCCUCCCCCGCCAGGUGAGUGGUAGCUUCUCAACGGCGCACAAGGUAGUGAUGACAUACGUUCCCCCUCCCCCGAAAGAGAGUUGGUAGCGUCCGUGACGAAGUUAGUCUGAUCCUCCCACGCGCGUCUCCUUCCUUGCUGCCGCUGCGCCCUCUUCAUGAGACUGGCUCUCAUGUGCGGGUAGCCCACUCAGCAUCAUCCUCUAGCCUUGCUCCAGGAGGGAAGUGACUGUAUUUCCCCUGUCUGCCUUCUACCUAGGCCGCCGUGGCUAGUCGCUCGGCCCGCCCGUUGACGUCACCUGCUAGCCCCGCCCCCUCCAGGGUCCCGGGCCCUUGCGGCGGGGGCUGCCCGGGGGGAGUCAGUUGAGGCGGCAGGAGCUCGGCGGAGGGCCGGCCAGGUGUCUGGUCCUGGCCAUGCCGAGGAAGAAGCCCUUCAGCGUGAAGCAGAAAAAGAAGCAGUUGCAGGACAAGCGGGAGCGGAAGCGAGGACUUCAAGAUGGGCUGCGCUCCAGUUCCAACAGCCGCAGCGGGAGCCGGGAGCGGCGGGAAGAGCAGACCGAUACCUCUGACGGGGAGUCUGUGACCCAUCAUAUCCGCAGGCUCAACCAGCAGCCUUCCCAUGGGCUGGGCCCGCGAGGCUACGACCCAAAUCGAUACCGGCUGCAUUUUGAGCGGGACAGCAGGGAAGAGGUGGAGAGGAGAAAGAGAGCAGCCAGAGAGCAAGUGCUCCAGCCUGUCAGUGCUGAGGUUCUGGAGCUGGACAUCAGAGAGGUCUAUCAGCCUGGUUCAGCCUUGGACUUUCCCCGACGUCCUCCUUGGAGCUAUGAAAUGUCCAAGGAGCAACUGAUGAGUCAGGAGGAACGGAGCUUCCAGGAGUAUCUUGGAAAGAUUCAUGGGGCUUACACAUCUGAGAAGCUCAGCUACUUUGAGCACAAUCUGGAGACAUGGAGACAGCUGUGGCGAGUGUUGGAGAUGUCUGACAUUGUCCUGCUCAUCACUGAUAUCCGACAUCCAGUUGUGAAUUUCCCACCAGCACUUUAUGAGUAUGUGACUGGAGAACUUGGGCUGGCUCUGGUGCUGGUCCUGAACAAAGUGGACCUGGCCUCACCAGCUCUUGUGGUUGCCUGGAAGCACUAUUUCCAUCAACACUACCCCCAGCUCCACAUCGUCCUUUUCACCUCUUUCCCUCGGGAUCCUCGCUGUCCACAGGACCCUAGUAGUGUCUUGAAGAAAAGUCGGAAGCGAGGGAGAGGGUGGACUCGGGCCCUGGGACCGGAGCAGUUGCUGAGAGCCUGUGAAGCCAUCACUGCGGGAAAAGUUGACUUGAGCAGCUGGCGGGAGAAGAUUGCUCGGGACGUGGCUGGGGCCACCUGGGGUAAUGGCUCUGGGGACGAGGAGGAAGAAGAUGAUGGGCCGGCAGUCUUGGUGGAGCAGCAGACUGAUUCAGCAAUGGAACCAGCUGGCCCAACCCGAGAGCGCUACAAGGACGGAGUGGUGACCAUUGGCUGUGUGGGUUUCCCCAAUGUGGGAAAAUCCUCGCUGAUCAAUGGUCUGGUGGGGCGGAAGGUCGUGAGUGUCUCCAGAACACCAGGCCACACCAGAUACUUUCAGACCUACUUCCUCACUCCCUCUGUGAAACUCUGUGACUGCCCAGGCCUCAUCUUCCCCUCUCUCCUGCCCAGGCAGUUGCAGGUUCUGGCAGGGAUUUACCCCAUUGCCCAAAUCCAGGAGCCGUACACAGCUGUGGGCUAUCUGGCCUCCCGAAUCCCCGUGCAGGCUCUACUCCACCUGCGCCACCCAGAAGCUGAGGACUCCUCAGCAGAACAUGCCUGGUGUGCCUGGGACAUAUGUGAAGCCUGGGCAGAGAAACGUGGUUACAAGACAGCCAAGGCAGCUCGGAAUGACGUGUACAGAGCAGCCAACAGCCUCCUACGGCUGGCAGUGGAUGGCCGCCUCAGCCUGUGUUUUCAUCCUCCAGGCUACAGUGAACAGAAAGGCACUUGGGAAUCCCAUCCAGAGACCAUGGAGCUGGUGGUUUUGCAGGGCAGGGUGGGGCCAGCAGGUGAUGAGGAGGAGGAGGAGGAAGAGGAAGAGCUGAGCAGUUCCUGUGAGGAGGAGGGAGAGGAAGAUCGGGAUGCAGAUGAGGAGGGGGAAGGGGAUGAGGACACCCCAACCUCAGCUACGGGGUCCAGCCUGGCUGCCCGAAACCCUUAUGCCCUUCUGGGUGAGGAUGAAUGCUGAGUCCCCCCCCUGCGCCAUUUCCCUACCUAGUAUCUUUGCUUUUGGACUGACCUGGGGGUAUCUCCCCUCUGCCGCCCCAAUUGUGAAUAAAGAUUGUCUGCUUUGUA